AUGGACAUGGCAGAUCUUUCUGAUUUAUGUACAAUAAUUGCACAUAUCCUACUUCAGCUUGGGCGAUGGAGUGGGGGCAGCUUGGGAGAUGAGGUGGAAGCCGGUGGGAGAGAGCUCCCUCAGGACACUGUUGCGUUGCCAUGGGGACGGAUUGAGGAUAUGAAUUUUCCAGUACAGAUUACGCAUGGCCAGGGAAAGGACUGGGUGGGAUUUGUGUGUGCUGAAGGAGGGGGUGGAGGGGCUGGGUUUAGAAAAACUUGCAACGUAAGAAACCUUAUGUUUGUCAUUACGGAAAUGGGAAAUAUUGCUGAUGCUGGAAGAGCAGCUGCGGAGUUGUCAUACUUUGUUGUAGUGUUCCAUUGUGGAACAAGGAGAAAGAGGAGAACAAGAAGGGGGGGGAGCAGAGGAAUGACAGGAAAUGUAGCGUACCUAACCCCAGAAGUGCCACCUGAUCUGAGAGAAGCAAUCAUCUCUAGAUGUUGCAGAUCUGGUCUCUCCCCGCAACCCCUUCUGUGUCUGUUUGGAUGAAAAAGAAAGGAAGAGAAAAUAGAAAAAAGACAAGUGUCAAGUCAUGGAGGAGCUUGCCUCCAUACUUCUUUGACCUUUGGCCGUGGGCAUGUUUGACACCUCAUGAACACACGCCAUUAUAGAUGUGACUAAUUUACUGAAAUUUUGAAAUCUUGAUACUGAGUUACUGGUUGUAUUGAAAAUUAUUGAGGUUAAGUGAUUCACGGUGGUUCAGUCUACAAGGGGUAAAAUAUUCAAACUCAAAAUGGACCACUGUGAAUACCUAGUAAGACACUGAAUCACUUAGUCACGUCGUUUCAAUGGAACAAUAAGAGGCAUCUGUCAAAUCAAGUUAUAAAACUCAAUUUAAUAUCUUUUCUAUUUCAUUUCGUCGGGCACGUUUUAAUAUUCUUAGAACAUCCUGGACAUUUUUUGAUUCACUCACACUCACAAUCCCUAUAACACAAGAAUAUGAUUUAUCUGUUUUGGUAGUCUUGCAGGUAUAGUUCAGGAUAUUUUAGUGCUUUUUCUUCACAAAUGCUUAUUGUUAUCUGAACUCUUUUGCCAUUUGAGGUACCAUCUCUACCCCCUUCCCAUUGCUACCUAAAAAGAACUGGACUUAAAGUUUGAGAGUUGGAGUUGACACCUGGACUCUCAACUGCACUUUGAAAUGCAUAAUUAUAUCAUCUGUUUGGUUUUAGUUUCAUUAAGUGCAUACCAAGAAAUAUAAUCUAUCCUAAAUUCUAGUUUGUGGGUUCGUCGCUUUUGGUUCGAGCUGUAUGAUGAUUGAAACUGGGAAGAAAAUUUUGAUUGCCUAUAUUCACUAGGCAACCAUUGUGUAAUUAUUUUUGCAUGCAAUAAGUUUCAAUUAUGCAACAAAAAUUACCUUUUAAUAAUCAACAAAAAUUACCUUUUAUGCAACAAAAAAGUAAUAUUUUAAUAAUCACCUUCCAAAAAUUAACUAAUGAAAGGGAAAUCUUUUAUUAGCAUUUAUUGGCUCUUCUUGUGAACCAAUGAUUGCCAAUUUAAUAUUAGGAGGAAUAUUUAAUUGGAAGAGUUGAAUGAUAAAAUCUGAAGAAAAUCAAUGACUCAUGUUGUAUACUGAAUUUAUUGGAUUUUUUUGGAAAUGUGUCAUUGGACAAGUAAAAGAUUUUAAGUCUAAUUUCUAUAUAUUUAUGUUUUUUGACUAUAAUUAUUUCAUU